AUGUCUACCAGUGUAUUACCGGUUAUUCAAACUGAACUUAACCGUUAUGGAUUAUCCAUUAUACUCAUUUUGGGUAUAAUAGGUAAUAGUUUCAUUAUAAUACUUUUUAGAAAAUAUCGUCAAAAUUCUUGUUCAAUGUAUUUCUUUUGGGCAUCUAUUAUAAACAAUCUUUAUCUCCUAUUUGCUAUUCCACCAACACUCUAUAGUAUUAAUUAUGGUGAUUUAAAUUCUCGCUCUUUAAUCUAUUAUAAAUUACGGUUUUAUUUAACAAAUACAUUAGGUCAAUCAGCGAGAUAUUGUAUUAUUUUAGCAUGUAUUAAUCGUUUAAUCUUAACAACAAUGAAUGCUUAUUUUCAAAUUUUUAUUCAACCAACAAACGCACGAUAUUUAAUAUGUAUUAUAUUUCUUUUUUGGCAUCUUUUUCCAAUUCAUAUACUGUUCUCAACAACAAUUAUUAAUGAACGAUGUAAUCAAUUUUUGGUUUAUAUUAUAUUUUACAUAAUAUUUAUUUAA